AUGAGGACUCUUUUGAUUUUGUUCGUGUUGAUGAAUUUGGACAAACUGCUGAGGACAGGACACUCUAUGGAAACGCAUGACCAAAUUCUAUCGAUCACCCCGAAAACACAAGAACAAGUGGACAUCUUGAAGAAUGUGUCCACUAAAUAUGAGACAGCCUUAUGGCAGCCCGUCUCACCACACUUCAUCAAAGAAGAGAGUGAGGUCCACCUCUUUGUACCUGCAAACAGCUCGGACACUGUGAAGGACCUGCUGCAGAAACACAACAUAACUCACGAGGUGUUGUUGGACAACACAAACGAGUUGAUAAAAAUGCAGAUGAGGAACGACUCCACUGACCCACGGAGCAGCACAACUUUCUACGAUAGAUAUCACAGUCUGGAGGAUAUCUAUUACUGGAUCAACAGGACCCACCAGGACAACCCCAGCACGGUCAAAGUCAUUCCCAUUGGCUCCUCAUUUGAGAAUCGACCACUCUACGUCCUGAAGCUGUCUAUGAAUGACAAACCGAACAAGAAGGCAAUGUGGAUCGACUGUGGGAUCCACGCCAGAGAGUGGAUCUCUCCUGCUUUUUGCUUGUGGUUCGUACAGCAUUCUUUGUCAUUUUACAAGCAGAACCAAGAGAUCACUGACAUCCUGGACAACAUGGACGUCUACGUCCUGCCUGUCAUGAAUCCUGAUGGAUACCGCUACACAUGGACCAAAGACAGGAUGUGGAGGAAGAACCGCUCCACCAACAGCAGCAGCUGCAUUGGAGUCGACCUCAACAGAAACUUUGAUGCCAACUGGUGCACGGAGGGGGCCUCUCAUGAUCCCUGCACUGAGACCUACUGCGGUUCCUUCCCUGAGUCGGAGCCAGAGUCCCAGGCCGUGACUAACUUCCUGCGUGUUCACAAGGACUCGAUUCAGCUCUUCUUCAGCAUCCACUCCUACUCUCAGAUGCUGCUUUUCCCGUACUCCUGCACCUUAGAUGAAGCAGAGAACCACAAAGACCUGCUUGAGAUGGCAGAAGAGGCUGCAGAGAAAAUCAAGCAAAAUUACGGAAGCAACUACAAAUAUGGUGCUGGAGCAACAACAAUAUACUUAGCUCCUGGUGGUUUUGAUGACUGGGCGUACAACCUCGGCAUCAAAUACUCCUUCACAUUUGAGCUCCAGGACCGCGGACGUUAUGGCUUCCUCCUGCCACCAUCUCACAUUUCCCAGGCCUGCAAUGAAGCUCUGACUGCUGUGAAGACCAUCGCGCUCAAGGUUAUGAUGAAAACACAAGCUGCAACAAGUCCUCCUCCAGCCUUCGGAGCAGCGACACCAACUGUGAAUGAGGUCUAUUAACACAGACUUUGCUGUGUCACUGUAAGAUCCAAAGUCAUUUUUUGCUUUUAGAAAAUUUAGUUUAGUAGCAUUCCUCGAGCAUAUAUUAGGGAUGUCUAUUUUGCAGAGAUGUGUAUGCAUAUACAUACACAAAUACA